AAUGGGUCAAGGAACUUGAUGACAAAAAAGAGUUAAUCAUACUGAACAUCUUCAAAAAGAAGAGAAUAAAAAGUUAAUGGAGCCUAAAAGAGAAAAGUCUUUGGGCAAGGAUCACCGUCAAAAAUUAAUCUCGAAGCCUCGAAGAUUAUUCAUGAAAUCCAAAUAAACGUGAAUCUCCAUCUCCAGUGCAAAUAAAUCUAAGAAAUGAGAAGUUGUAUAUUUGAGAAAGAAGUAAAUAGCAAAGAAAAAUUUGGAUCUUCAUGUAAACCAGCAGCCCGCCCUAACUAUAUAUGUUUUAACGAUAAAUUAAAGAACGGAAAGAGGAAAAGUAAACCCAAGCCAAAACCAAAGAGGCUCUCAUGACUUGUCCACCUCUCCAGGAUAGCUCCGACUUAAAUGAAUUGAGCACAAUUGAUCACUCUGGUAAUUAGAACUAUGAUCACUUAAUAGAAAAAUUGAUGAGGAAAGAAACCAGAAAUGUUAUUAAAACUCAUUUAAAAAUACCAUUGAAUUAUUUCUAAUACAAUUAAUAUCGAAUAGAAAUUUAGAAGAUAGGAAUCUUGACUUUUGAUAAAAGUUGUAACACAAAAGAAACUCUAAAACUGGUUAAGUACAAGAAAGCAUAAUAAAUAUUAAGAGAUAUUGAUUUUUCAUAGGAUUUAUAUGGAUAAUGCUAUUUUCUGUCUCAGAAACUUCUUUUUAAAUCCCAUUAUUUAUUAUUGGGGGUUUUCGAUGUUCUCAAAGACCACGACAACAGAAUAAUAAGAGCAAAGGUUUCAGCCAGAUUUU